UGACGUAUCCUGACGUCACUACACUUUACCCGGCGAAUGUUACAGGCUGCUUCAAGAUUUCUGAGUAUUUUCAAAGAUUUCUGUUUUUAUUUGGUUCCUCUUACCGGGGUCGGAUCGCUAAGAGCCGAUCAUGUCUCAUCAAACAGGCAUUCAAGCCAGUGAAGACCUUAAAUCUGUGUUUGCAAGGUCCAAAGAUGGUGAUAUUAGAAUGAUCAAAGUAGGCAUAGAAAAUGAGGAACUUAUUUGUAUUACAACAACUGAACCAAAGAAAGACUGGGAGAGAGAUUAUGAUGAUGCUGUAGUUAGACACCUGGAGGAGAAGCAGCCCUGCUAUAUUCUGUACAGAUUGGAUUCUAAGAACAACCAGGGAUAUGAAUGGCUUUUCAUUGCAUACUCUCCUGACUUCUCACCGAUUAGACAGAAGAUGUUGUUUGCCGGUACUAGAGCAACAUUAAAGAAGGAGUUUGGGGGAGGUCACAUUAAAGAUGAACUUUUUGGAACAAAUGUGGCUGAUGUAUGUCUUGAUGGAUACCAUAGUCAUAUGACGUCGGCAAAGGCUCCUCCUCCUCUGACUAAUGAGGAGGCUGAGCUAGAGCUGGUCAAGAAAGAGGAGGGUGUGAGGACAGAGAUAAGCAUCAGCACCAAGCAAUCUCACAUGACAGGUGUUCACUUCCCACCUACAGAAGAGGCUGUCGCUGAGCUUGAGAAAAUGAGAAGUGGAGAUGUUGGCUACAUUCAACUAAAACUCGACCUUGAAAAAGAGAUCAUCAACCUGGUAAAGAGUGAAUUUCAUAUAGAAGCAGAUGACUUGAAGGGCCAUGUUCCAAGUGAUAGUGCCCGGUACCAUUUCUACCUUUUCAAGCACACCUAUGAAGGAGAUUACCAGGAAAGCAUUGUGUUUAUCUACUCAAUGCCUGGUUACAACUGUCCCAUCAAAGAGCGCAUGCUGUAUUCAUCAUGCAAAGGCCCGCUGGUCUCGUUAGCAGAAGACGAUUUGAAGAUGGUUAUUGUAAAAAAGAUUGAAAUAUCAGACGCCUCCGAGCUCUGCGAAGAUUUCUUAAUGGAGGAAGUCCACCCCAUUAAGAACGUCCACCGCCCGAAGUUCGCCAAGCCAAAAGGCCCCCCCGGACGCGGCGCGCGCAGGAUGGUUACCAAGCCCAAGGCUGAGGAUGAGUAGAAACUAGAUAGGAUAAGAUAUCAAAGCUCACUAGAGUCGUUCACGUAUGAGUUACAAUUACGACGCGCGCUACCGUGGUCACCUCGAGUUACAAUUGCGACGCACGGUACCGUGGCCACAUUUACAAUGCUUUGAAAAUGCUCAAGUUGGCAUAACAUCAUAGUUAUAAAGUUCGUCAUUCUUGCAUCCUGAUUGGCUAACUUUCUCAAAAAUUUUUGUUUUGGCGGCGACGUUAUCGCGAACCACACUUUAACGGAGUCUCUCAGCUAUAGCUCCGAAAUGAAUUUGGUUAAGUGUGAAAAGUUCUCAAGAAAAUUUGCCAGAGAUUUCUGCCGUUUUUGUUAUUAUCCAAACAUUCUUGCGAACAAAAGAGGUCAAAGCCGACUCAAAGUCAUUCGCUGAAACAAUCAAGCUGUGUUACAAGCGUUUGCACUUUGGAGUUGUGUUUCGCACAAAGACGUCUUAAAGAUAAAAAAAGAUGAAAGAAAACCUCGUUAGACUUCCUUCUGUGCCCCUCUGGUGUACGCGAUAUGUCUUUUAUUUUCCGAUGUGUUUUCUACGCCUGUGGUGCACACUGGGUGAUUUGAUUGGCAGCUGUUGUCACAUGAAGUGGGGGAUGUUCAUUGCCACGCAUGCGUAAACGACUCUUUUAAUUAGUGUUUUGGAUCUUUUCGUUCUAAUUGUUUUAGUUAAAAUUCAGUUUGUAAUCCAAGUGUAAGUAUUUUUUUUUUCACGCUGGGAAAUGCCUAGUUUAUUCUCGAGAGAACUUAAACCUUUCAGAGAACGAUUUGAUACAAAAUGAGAUUAAUAAAAUAUGUUUAAGAUCAAA